CCUCCCUCAACUGCAGCUGUGACACCACCACAAAAUGCCUCCUCUCGCAUGUGACCAGCUUUGCAGAGAUUGCCCACUGCAAAAGGGGCACGAGAGACGCAUCCUCCCUGAAGACCAGUCCAGAAGAUCACCAAUCUCCUGCUCUAAACCCUCAGGGGCUCUCCACUGUUAAAGAUAGGGAGUGUGAAGGACAAAAUGCCUGUUCAGGAUCUAACUGUUCACCCUCGACUGUUAAUCAGCACAAUAAGACAUCUGUGCAUAUGGAUCCAGAGAACCUUCCAUCAACCUCUAAAAUGGAAGGGGCCUGUUCGUCUUCGUCUCCGGGGGUGGUGCGCUUCAGUAAGGACCAGAGGCCCACCUCUCUGCCUAUCCAGCCCUUCGUGCUGCAGUUGCCUCUGGGGAAACAGCAGAAGCCGCUGGGCUCACUCCUCAACCAGUACCUCGGCCACGGCAAGCCCAGCAGCAGCGGCGGCACCCAGCACAGGGGCAAGGGCAAGGGCAAGGGCAAGGCGGUGCCCAGCUUCCUGCGCCCCUCGCCCCUGGGGGGGUACUCCGCACUGCACCUGGAGGCAGCCUCCAGUUCAGACACCUGCUCCACCUGCACCCCGAGCCCCGUCCCGUUCCCACACCCACACCGCUUGGCCUGGGGCUUCCACCACCAACAGCAGCAACGUCACGACAGCCCUCCCGACGCGCAGUGCCACCUGGACAGUACAACCCAAAGCGGCUCAAGCUCAAACCCUUUUAGGCUAUAUGUGUCUCAGAGUAGCCCUGACGAGGCGCUCGACUGCCAGAGCAAGCGCAGUGAAGACGCCAUGUCUCCUCCAGCACGGACUGGUGCCAAACGGAGCCCGGACGCAUCAAAUCCCAUACGCAGCCCGAGGCCUGCACUCACUCUGCCUGCUCAGCAGCACGCACUAGAGCUGAGUCCCAAAAUGGCUGACCCCUUUCAACCCCUUGGCCCAGCUUCACUCGAGGCUGAGCUGAGUCAGGUGGCGGAGCCUGUGCCUGUCUGGGACAUGUGUCAUCGUGGCCCGAGCCCCGCUGUGACCUCGGUGACCUGUCUGAACACCCCGCCCUGCUUGUCGUCCUGUCCGGUGGAGAGGCCCGUGGCCCAGUGCAGCACCAGUGCCGUCCUCAGCACCACACCCUUCUGCAGACCGGCCCUGCCCAACCGUUUCCAAGGGAGACAGCCUCAGCCUUACCAUCAGCAAGGUGACUCAUUCUUGCUGACGGACAGGCCGCCGGAAGAGUUCUGCCUCUCCCCUGACGCCUCCUCCGAGUCUCUCUCCAUCGACCUGCUGCAGAAAAAAGCCCUGCUUAAAGCUGUGAGCUCGGCAGUGGAUUUGAUCUCCACAUAUUUUGAACACCCAACACGUGAUGCAGAUGAAAAGCUCCAGCUUGGAAACAGUACCUUAAAUCCCAACAUUGCUUUGCUGGUUCUGAACAAGCUGUGUCCAGCAAUCCGAAACAUUUUACUGGACGGUCUGCGGUCGUACAAGCUGGACCUGAUUGUGGGACAGCGCCGCAACCAACCUUGGGACAUUGUUCUGGCUUCAACACAACCAGGCCCCACCACUCGAGUCCUGCACAGUCUGGUCUCUGUGGUGAGCAAGUGUUCCCAGCUCACCAAGCACAGCAUGAGGUUCAACGCCUUCAUUAUGGGGCUGCUCAAUUUACGAGCACUGGAGUUCUGGCUUAAUCACCUGUACACAUGUGUAGAUGUGUUGCGUCCUCUCUACCACCACUGGGGUCUGGUCCCACUAUGGCAGGGGCCAUGUCGCCCCCACCUCCACGAGCUCCUGCUCUUCCUGGAGCCGUUGGCUGCCCUGCCCUUUGACCUCCACCUCCUGUCAGAAGCCCGCCUCCUCAAGCGCACUUCCUCCUUGCUGGCCCAAUCAGCUUACUCCUCCCUCCAGAUGUCGGCCAUUUCAGCCAAUCCGAACAAGGGAGGCGAACAGAGGAAAGAGCAGUUGGAGAGCACUGAGAGGAGAGUAAAGAGAGAGAGUAGUUCUGUUUACACGGCGUUACCGAGCCCGCAGACAUUCAUGCAGCACAUCUCUCUGGGGCCGCAGACAAACAGUGCGCAGAGUCAGAGUCGGCCACUAGGUGGCAGCAGCGGUCAGUCAGAUUCUGCUGUCGGUUGGUGGCUACAGCAGCCAUCGGUGGUGGAAGGAGUGAUGGCGCCCUCUGUGGACACCCAGGAGAACAGAUGGAGUGAGGAGAGGAGGGAGGAGGAGUGCGGGAGAGGGAUGGAGAGAAGAGAGGAAACCCUGGAGAGGUCCCCACAGGAGCUUCGCUGGGCGCGGCUGUUUGGGGCUAGAGUUGGCGCCCCCAUCAGGAGAGAGAGUAAACAGCAAGGCCCCAACAAGACCCAGAAGAACAGGCUGCCGUCUCAGUGGUUGAGUUUGGACGGGUCGGGUCUAGAACUCCUGGCCCAGAGUGUUUGGUCCAGCCGGCGACAAGAAACCUAUCCCUUCCCCAACCACAUCGCUGACAUGGCGGAACGGAACCGACACUGACCAAUCACAACCUUCCUUUCGUUCCACGAAUGGAGAAUGUGAACACCUAGACUCCAUCCUGUGUGAUUGAUCACCAUCACAAUCAAACAAACAAACAUUACAAGAGGAACACCUAGUGACUCUAUACAAAACUGUUGCACCAUCCA